AUGUUGACUGAUACUAUGAAAACCAACCUCAUAAGCUACAAGUACUCCUGCCGGGAUACUUCUCCUCUGUCGAACGCGAUUAUGCAUCCGUUCUGGAAUUGGGUGACCAAAUUCUAUCCAAAGUGGUUGGCUCCAAACCUACUAACUUUCACUGGAUUCCUCUUGACUGUGCUGCACUUCUUAAUUCUGACAUACUUCAAUCCUCAAUUUGAUAAUCCGGGAAAUGUACCUAGUUGGGCUUGGUUACUUACAGCCCUAUUGGUCUUUCUAGCUCACACAAUGGAUGGCACUGACGGAAAGCAGGCACGGAGAACCGGAUCUUCUUCACCCUUAGGUGAAUUGUUUGAUCAUGGGUGCGAUUCAUGGUCGAUGUUUUUCAUACCUGCUGCGUUGUUAACAAUGUGUGGUUCCUACUCCAAUCCGAUGAGAUUGUUCAUCCUUCAGUGGAUCUUGAUUUGGACAUUCCUCUCGUCCCACUGGGAAAAGUACAUUACUGGAGUUCUUUUUCUACCUUGGUCUUUCGACUUUGCGCAGCUCGGUGUCAUUCUGAGUUGUAUUUUGGCAUAUAAAUUUGGUGUCGAAAUUUUCGGCGUACCCAUCGUUUUUGGAUUGAGCAUGGCAGUGCUCUUCGAGAUUACUCUGCUUGUAUCUUUCUUCUUCGUUCACAUUCCGUUCACGAUGUACAAUUUACUGCACGACUGUACUCCGGGCGUACCGUGGCACAGGGGACGUGGUUACAUGGAGGCUGUUCGACCCACGAUACCCAUGGCUACUCUGAUGAUCAUAUCGACAAUUUGGGUAUUUCUGUCUCCGUCAGAUAUAAUGAGUCGCCAACCACGGCUUUUCCUCUACGGCUUGUGCACUGUUGGGUCCAAUGUCUGUUGUCAUCUGAUAAUGGCACAACUGUGUAAGAUUCGUGCUCCGCUCCUCAACUGGUUGGUGGUUGUCUACUCGUGUUUCGCCUUGACACUGUGUGCUUUCCGCUUUAACGGAUGGGCCCUAUCGCUGGAGCUUCCGGCACUUGCCCUACUCUGCCUGGUUGUCACGAUCGAGCACGUGCAUUACGCUUACAAAGUGGUUUCAGAAAUCUCCAUCGCACUCAAUGUCCCGGUAUUUCGAUUGAAGACUGACGACUGCAAUGGAUUAUGUGCUUCCAAGCCUCAUUUUGCAGCGCGGUGUUCGCAAGACCAACAAAGCCAUGUCUUCAAUGAUAUUUUUAAAUACCGUAUCGUGUGA